AAGUGAGUCAUGUCAAUUGAGAUUCUCUUAUAAAUCCAGAUUAUAGAUAUUGAUUAGAAAUAUUGAUUAGGAAUCUUUGUCAGGACGUUACAUUUCGCUGAAUCUGGGAAUUAAUUUUAAGUCAGUUGAAGGGCUGAUUAUAUUGGCAGACCAUAUCGAUUGACGGUCCGAUCCCACGGUACAUUAACGUUAUAAAAAAAAUGUCUCGGCCAAAAGUUCUCCUUCUAGGAGAUAUACAGCACGCCCGCAAAUCAUGGGAGGCUCUGAACGACAUCGCCGACCUCAUAACCACAAAGGCAACCAACCGCACUGAAUUCAUCCAAGAAUGCAAAGACGGGAAGCUGGAUGGCGUGGUAGCGGCAUAUCGAACUUUUGGCUCAGUUGCCAUCACAGGUCUGAUUGAUGAAGAGCUUGUUUCGGUCUUGCCAAAAUCUUUGCUGUUUCUUGCGCAUUGCGGAGCUGGAUAUGACCAGAUAGAUGUUCACGCCUGCAGUGAACGCAAGUCACCUAUUCGAGUCUCCAAUGUCCCCACGGCUGUCGACGAUGCUACCGCUGAUGUAAACAUUUUUCUUAUCAUCGGCGCCAUUCGAAACUUCAACACGGGUAUGCAAGCUCUUCGGCAAGGGAAAUGGCGCGGUGACCCUGCGCCUCCACUCGGUCAUGAUCCCGAGGGGAAGGUUCUUGGUAUCCUGGGCAUGGGCGGGAUUGGACGUAAUCUGAAAAAGAAAGCGGAGGCCUUUGGGAUGAAGGUUAUUUAUCAUAAUAGGCGGCAGCUUAGUGAGAACAUGGCUGUGGGCGCGGAGUAUGUUACGUUUGAUGAGUUAUUGGCGAAGAGCGAUGUGAUUAGUUUGAACUUACCCCUUAACAAAAACACAUACCAUAUCAUCGGCAAACCCGAAUUCGACAAGAUGAAGGACGGCGUUGUCGUCGUCAACACAGCUCGAGGAGCGGUUAUAGACGAAGCAGCUCUCGUCGAAGCUUUGGAUAGCGGUAAAGUCUUUUCUGCUGGCUUGGAUGUCUUUGAGGAAGAGCCCAAGAUUCAUCCGGGUCUUUUGGGGAAUCCCAAUGUUAUGUUGGUGCCCCAUAUGGGGACUUGGUCUUACGAGACUCAUACUGCAAUGGAAGAAUGGGCGAUUAGUAAUGUACGCCAGGCGCUUGAGAAGGGAACAUUGAAGAGUAUCGUACCUGAGCAAGCAGAUCUUUAGACGAGGUGUGCUAUUUCUUCCUAUAUAUUUGUUCGAUGAGCGGUAUUUUACUAUAGAGCGCAAGAAUAUAGAUCGUUUCUACAUGUAACCUU